AUGGGCCAUCAUUUCUCCGGAUGCCUGAUGUCUGCGUUUUACUCGUCUCAUCGCUUCCUGACCGUCACAUCUGAUCUCUAUAACCGAUCUUUCUCAAUUGCGGGGGCGGCUUACCAGCUUGACCCUACUCCGGCAAAUAAGAAGGCGCUGAUGGAGGUUACGAAGAUCAUGUUUAGGCGCGCGAGAGAGCUAAAAUAUAAGGCGCUGAGGGAGGAGGGUUUCCCAUGGUAUGGCGCGCGCUAUUAUUGUCUCGUGUGGUUUGGGACGUGGGAGUGGAUGGAUAUUUUAUGGAUGGGUGCUCUUCUUGUUCCGCUGUCAGUUUUGAUCCUCAAGAUGUACGAGAGGUUUGCUUCAACCGGAGGCGCGAAUGUCUGA